AUGGAGCUGGAAAAGAGAAAUUCGAGCAAACGUUGCCGAGGCCGCACGGUCACAGCGUGCCUCGAGUGCCGGAAGAUGAAGAAGAAGUGUGACCGCCAGUGGCCAUGCAACCACUGCAAGAGCCGAAAGGUGGCUCACAUGUGCCAAUUCUCGCAGGCGACUCGAAAGCAUCAGCGACUCGGGCUAAAUGAGACGCAAACAAGGGCGCCGAAGGAGACACCCUCGAUUGCUUCCUCCACCUCGGUCUCUGAGUCGCAAGACGAUGCCUCGAACAGUACCAGCUCAGCAUCUGCGGUACAUAUGCUAGGCUACAUGUUCGCGAAAAAUGAUACACUGUUUGGAAGCAUCAUGGAGACCCAAUACGUGGAGUCUACCGAGCCUCUUCCAGAGCCAAUUGUCCAAGCCUCUCGUGCUGUCUCACCACGGCCGUAUACGGAUAUGCUUUUGAAAAACUUCUUCGAUAACGUCAACUACCACUAUGGAAUCUUGCAUCAGCCCUCUUUCAUGGCGGUCUACGUCGAAUGGUGGUCUCAACGCCGCGAUGCCCAAAGCUUACGCAACCCGUUGGCCUUGGCACUUACUUGCCUGAUACUUCGCAUUUGUGCCAACUCCACGCAAUUCCUGUCGCCACAGGCUUCGUCGCAGCUUGAAUUGGAUCUGGGAGACUCCAUCCAAAAUCUGAGCAAAGCUUACCACGAUGCUGCUCAGACUAUUAGUUCUUUUUUGUCUCCAGGAACCGGUGGCCUUCUGAAUGCGCAGCAGCUGUUCCUUGCUGCCACAUGGCAUAAGGGACAGGCCGACUUUGUCAGGUCAUGGCAUGAGCUUGGUGCUGCCGUCAGGCAAGCUCAAGAAAUCGGAAUCCAUACGGACGCAUUUUCUGAUGAAUUGAACGAAUUCGAUCUGGAGAUCCGGCGAAGGCUAUGGUGUGCCCUGUAUACCUGGGAUAGAUAUAUGACUGGAAGCUUUAAUCGUCCUCCGAUAAUACAAUCAGAAAUCUCUGUGCCGCUUCCCAAUCCCGGCCUAGACCAGGCUGGAGCUGAUCCAGACGUUCCAUCAUACAUUGUUGCCAAGACAUUGGAGUGUCAACUUGCGAAAGAGCUUGGAGAAGGUGACCGUGUUGACAGAUCGAAUCUCCAAUCCAAAAUCGCCUUUGUGGAAAACUGGAUGUUGUCUCUGCCAUCAGUUUUCAACAUUAUUAACCCAGACAAGCGUUGGGAUGACGACUAUCCACAUAUUCCAUUCCAGCGUCUACAGCUUCACUGUGUAGGCUACAUGACACAAUUAAUGUUUGCACGGUCCAUUCUGACUUCAUUCCAACUCUUCUCAACGACAACUCAUGUCGGAACUGGGCUUGAUUCUGAAACUACAUUGUUAAUACAGCAGGUCGUCGACCUUAGUCUUAAAGCCAUGUCUGUGAGCAAAGACACGUUUGACUUUUGCUUUCCACAGAAAGCAAAAUACUAUAUGGUCGCGUUCUGUCCUUUCGAUAAUGCAGCACUAUUAUGCUCUUUGCUGAUACACGAUGCUGAUGGUACAAUGAUCCCUCGACGAUCAGAAGUCAUCUACGCUAUUGGACAGGCGUUACAUAUAUCUCAACGGCUGCGUGGUUUCACAAAGAUGGGUGAUUUCACAUGGAGCAUUCUCUCUGCACUCAAAAAUCGUGCCAACUUAUUUCCAUUGGAGAAAGCGUUACUGGAAGAGCUAGAGAGCGUUGGCAAAACCGAUAUCACCACAGAGUCUCUAAAUCACAGCCUUGAACCAAGCGACGAUGUCUUUCAUUCAAUCAACGAGUCGAGUAAUCAACUACACAGUGAGUCGGACGAGGGACUGCAAUUUGUAGAAAACACCCUAGCGGUAGAUGAUCCUGAUUUUUUAGAAAUGGAUCUCGGCAUUUUGGAUGGGGUUUGGAACUGGGAGAGAGUGGGUUUUUAA